CGGCUCACAGCGUGGCCAUGGCGCCCCUACUCAACGCAGCGGCCGCGGCGCUCUUCGUGUCCGUGGCCAAGGCCAGCGAGGCCUUCGAUGCCUUCGACGCGGCGCCCGCCAAGGUGACGGAGCACGCGGCUUCCAGUCAUAGCCAUCGCAUGCCUCGCGAGCACCUGAGGUUCCAGCACAGCCUGGUGGCGCAGACGGCCGCAGAGGCGGAGGAGCUGCGGACGCAGGAGGAGCGCGUCUUCGAGCAGGGCCGCCACAUGCGUGCGCGGAAGGCCCUCUACGAGAAGCACCUGGCAGAAUGCGAGGGUGACGCCUUCUGCGCCAAAGCGCUGCGGGCGCGCCAGGAGCGGGUCGAGCAGCUGGUGGCGAGCGGCAAGGCGCCCCCGGACAUGGUGGAGGGCAAGGAGGAGGCCCCGGCACAGCCGCAGGGCGAGUCCAGGAUGCACUGGCUAAGGCACACGGUGAGCUCCGUGGCGGGCCCAGCUUUGAGGCUAUGGUCACUUCUCCGAAUGGAGCUGCCUUGAGGGAGGUGGACCCGAGUCGGCUCUUUCCGCUUUUGGCCCCGUCCUUUUUUUUCUCUUUCCCCCCUCGCCGAGUUUUUCUUCGGCGCUCUCUCUGCAGUGGGUCUUCGGCCCAUUUCUUCGGCCGAAAGCGGCGCCCGGAAAAUUUUUGGGAUGGCCUCACAAAAGCCGCAGGCGGAAUCCACUUCCCUUGGUGGCUUGGAGGUUCGGGUUGCCAGCUGCCCUCCUCCGCAACUUGGGGUUGAACUGGUGAAAGGUCCGGGCUCCAAACCACCAACUGGGGGGGGGGGUUCCUGA